AUGGGACUGUACUGUGUGUGUGGCUGUACAGAUCCAUCUGAUAAUUUGACAAACGACAUCUGUUUAGUGUUUACCAGUGUUUACUCCUACAUUUAUUUAAUGAAAUUGGAAGAGUCGGUCGUGGUUCGUGAUUGGGAGAGUAAAGAGGUGGCAGGGGCAGAUGUAGUUGGUGCAGAUGAGAGGCGACAACGGCUUAGCGUAAUUGCAGCUUCGAGUGCAACCAGAACAGGUGACGAGGGGGCACUGCUGCUCAGUGAGGCUGGCGUGUCGCUCACAUCUUGGCCACUACAUACUGUACGACUGCUUGCCGACUUACCGGACGGGACGCUGAGCGUGGAGGCGGGCGGGGAGAUCCUGACGUGGCGGUGCUGCGAGGAUGUGGCGCGGCGGGCGGUGGUGCGCGCGCUGGGCGGGGUGGGUGGAUCGGCCGUGGCGGAGGGCGAGGCGCUGGGCGGGGCGGCGCUGGGCGCGCUGCUGGAUGACGCGGCGGCCGACGAGCCCGACGCGGAGCAGUGGGUGCGGCGCCUGGCCGAGCGGCUGGCGCGCCUCGACGCGCUCAACGUGGCCGGCAUGCUGGCCGCGGCCACCGAGGGUGGUGGCCAGCGUCUCGCUGAACGACUCGAGGCGGGUGGGGCGGCGGGCGCGGCGCUGACGGGACGGCUGGUGCGCUACGAGGCGUGUGUGCGGGGUGGGGGCGGGGGAGGGGCAGCAAGUGGGGCGGGCGGAGGGAGCGUGCCUGCGCGCGGGGAGGCAGCGCGCGCCGAUGCGGCCGCGCGCGCGCUGCUACAGCACCUGCAACGCCUCUACAGCUGGCUUGACGCGCCACAGCUGCAGCAUCUCGAUUCACUCUCCGAGGUGAGUACCUUUUUGAUGUAA